GUCACCGGUGGCUAUUAUAUCACAUACGUGGAAUACCGCGGUGCGAAGACCAUCACCAUUCACGACGUGAGUUUCUCCCACCUUUGGCCUCCCCUUGCGCUUCUCGCCAGAUGCCCCCCUCUGGGGGCCAAUUGGAAUCUCACGCUGAAACAAAUCCAGGCCAUUCACUCCCUUCGCCGCCUUGGGGCACCAAUCUACGGUUUCGAUCCCGAGACCUAUCACCCCAACAACAAGGCUCAACAAGCUAGAGAAAUUCACCUCCUUCGCCGACUUGAAGCACCUAUCUAUCUUCCUUCAAGCCGGACGAUCAUUCAUUCCCUCCGCAGCCUUGGGGCGCCCAUCUACGGUUUCGAGACCGAGACCUAUCACCCUACCAAGAAGUCCCAAGAAGACUCAAUUGACCAUUCCUGGCCCAUCGCGUCUUUCAGCACGCCGAGAUCGUUUGUCGAGGUGCUGGCAUGA